AUGACAUCCAGGAGGUUUACAGUGGAAGGUACAACCAGUGACAUCCAGGUUGGUGGAGUUACCCCAAAGAAGGGUGGAACAGAGCAUUUAGGGCUCCCUAUUUUCAACUCAGUUGCAGAUGAAAAAUCUGAAACCAAGGCUAAUGCAUCUGUAAUUUAUGUGCCUCCACCAUUUGUUGCAGCAACAAUCAUGGAAGCAUUAGAGGUUGAACUGGAGUUGAUUGUUUGCAUUACAGAAGCAAUUCCACAACAUGACAUGGCUGCUCUUAUUAAGCAGUCAAAAACUCGACUGAUUGGACCAAAUUUCCCUGGUAUCAUUAAGCUUGAAGAAUGCAAGACCAGAAUCAUGCCUGGUUACAUUCAUAAAACAGGGUGUAUUGGUAUUGUAUCUCGAUCUGGCACACUAACUUAUGAAGCGGUAUACCAAACUACUACUGUAGGGCUAGGUCAAUCCGCACGUGUAGGUAUUGGUGAGGAUCCUUUUAACAAGAUCAACUUUGCUGAUUGCAUGAGAAAAUUCGUUGAUGACCCUCAGACAGAAGAUUGUGCAGCUUGA